UUCGAGUUCUCGUUUACUCUAUAUUCUAAGAAGAAAAGUCUCUCCUUUUUCAUAUCAUAAAACAAUUAUUUUCUCUUUAUCUCUUGUGCUGCCUUUGUCUCUGAAAGAGUCUCUCGGACUUGCUUUUGGGCUUUUUUUAUUGACACAUGAUGAUUGCGGUAAGCAUGGAGGCAACUGCUUCCACUGACGAGUACGAACACAAUAUAACGGACGUUAUGUAUGUAAUAAAUAAUAUUCCGGGGCCCGAAGUAGACGUAGCGGACUUUGAAGCGGAAUACGUCGUGGGUUGUUCCUGCGCGGUUGAAUGUGAUAAUUGUUCGUGUACUCGUGGUUCCGCUAAUUAUGUCAAUGCUCGAAUUGUCGACGAGAAAUUAGUUGGUCCGGUAUUCGAGUGCAACCCUCACUGUAAAUGUGGACCAAAUUGCGGAAAUAGAUUAGUACAGAACGGUCCGUUAAAUUGUUUGAUUGUGAAAGAAGUCGCCGGCAAAGGUCUCGGUCUAUUCACAACUAAAUCAAUCAAAAAGGGUCAAUUUAUCUGCGAAUACGCUGGUGAAAUAAUCGGCCUGCAAGAGGCGCGACGUAGAAUUGAAGCCAAUAAAAGGCAUAAUACAAUGAAUUAUGUUCUCGUAGUGAGAGAACACAUUGGUGAUCGUAUUAUUGUCACUUGUAUAGAUCCAAAAUAUUUUGGUAACAUUGGACGUUAUGCUAAUCAUAGCUGCGAUCCUACAUCUAGCCUUGUCCCGGUCAGAGUAGAAAGUAUCGUGCCUCGAUUAGGAUUGUUUGCAUCUAGGAAUAUAGAGAACGAUGAAGAAGUGACUUUUGAUUAUGCUGGUGGUGUAAUGGCUAAUUCCGUCCAUUAUCUCAGUGAUACUCCUUGUCUUUGUGGUUCUAACAAUUGUUUCCAUUAUUUACCACACAAUCGAAUUUGACAGUAUAAAGUAUUCUUGUACGAUAUUAUAAUAGUGACAAAGAAAUUAGAUUAAAAAUGUUCAAAAUUUAAAUAUCACAGAUUUCAUCUAAACUAAUUGCGUAAAUUAGAAAAAGUUGUAUCUUGAAACUUGAUAUUGUAAAAAUCAAAACAUUGCAAUCAUUAUAAACUU